AGCGCACAGGAGCAUGUGUAGAAGUCGUGGGUUGGUAGUGCAUCGGGUGUGAAAUGGAGAGCAAACACAUGUCAGCUUUUGCCUUGUAUCAAAAUUUAAAACCGGACCAGCCUCCUCCGGCUAAGAAGCCUCCAGUGCAGGUGGAAGUUAAGAAGAAAAAGAAAAGGGACAAUGCAGCCUUUAAGCUCAAGGUCAAAGUUCAAGCGAAAGCUGAGAGGAAGAAGAUGCGAAAGAAGCUUCACAAGCCGUUACAAAAAGAGGAGAAUCAGAAGGAAGUUCCGCACGUGACGGUGGAGUGUGUGAGCGCUGAGCCUCUCGAGACUCUGCUGGCAGACCUGGCAAAAGUCAACAACAGCAGGGAGAGAGCGAGCAAGCUGUUCCAGUGGCUCAUCACCCCCAUUCCUGACAAGAUGUUUUUCAGGGAAACAUGGGAAAAAAAGCCCAUCUUUGUCCAACGUAAGAAUCCUGAUUACUACAAGGGACUGUUCUCCACAGCAGAGCUCGAUCGCAUUUUCAGAGAGGAAGAUGUUCAGUAUGGAGUGAACCUGGAUGUCACAAGUUACACUAAUGGCAAGAGAGAGACUCACAAUCCUCCAGGGAGAGUGCUCCCAUACACUGCGUGGGACUUCUAUGAGAGUGGCUGCUCCCUCCGCAUGCUGAAUCCUCAGGCUUUCUCCUCCACGGUGUGGAACGUGCUGUCCAUCCUCCAAGAGCAGUUUGGCAGCAUGGCGGGAGCCAAUAUAUACCUGACACCACCUGGCACACAAGGAUUUGCUCCACAUUAUGAUGACAUUGAAGCCUUUGUGGUUCAGCUGGAAGGGAAGAAACGCUGGCGAGUGUACAGCCCAAGAUCAGACGAUGAGGUCUUGCCCGUGCUUUCGAGUCCAAACUUCGACCAGGCAGACAUUGGUAAGCCGAUCCUAGAUGUGGUGGUAGAAGCCGGAGAUCUCAUCUACUUCCCUCGAGGUUUUAUCCAUCAAGGCAACUGCCUACCAGACGCACACUCUCUGCACAUCACCAUCUCCUCUUACCAGAAGAACAGCUGGGGAGAUCUGCUGCAAAAGCUGGUCCCAGCAGCAUUGGAAGUAGCAAUGGAGGAGGACGUGGAGUUUAGACGGGGUUUACCUCUGGACUACCUGACGUACAUGGGAGUACAGAACUCCGACAAGGAAGACCCGCGCAGGGCAAAGUUCUUCUCUCGAAUUGAUAAUCUGAUGAAGAGGCUAACAAAUUACGCACCAGUGGAUGCUGCUGUUGAUCAGAAGGCUAAAGACUUCCUUCAUGACUGCCUUCCUCCCGCUCUCACUCCAGAUGAACUGGUCACCAGUGUGCAAGGAGCACCUAGGAGGUGGGAAGGUGGACAAGUAAAGGAUGUGGGUGUACACAUCACUACCCAGACUCAAAUCAGAAUUCUACGUGCUCAGUGUGCCCGGUUAUGCAAUGACGGAGAUGCCGUUCAUCUUUACUACACCACUGACAACUCCAGAGUUUACCACAAAGAGGAGCUCAAGAGUUUUGAAAUAAAACCAGAGUACACAGAUGCUGUCGAGUUUCUGAUCCAUUCAUAUCCCGACUUUGUGACAGUAGGAAGCCUCCCAUGUGAAUCUGCGCAGGACAGGAUUGCUUUGGCUGAACUACUUUUUGAGAAGGGGAUUAUCCACACUGCAGAACCACUGUAGCACUAGAUUCUUCCAUCAUGGUGACUGCAUAAAGAGAUCAAAUCACUUUAUACAAAAUAAGAUCUUCAGUGGAGAAUAUGUCUGCUCCAAGUAGCCUUCAUUAGCUCGACUGGAAAUAGAUAAUGCAUUUGUGAUUUUGCUGUUGAACUAAAAAUAAAAAAAAAUUUAUAU